AUGGACAAUAUCAGGCCACGCGCGACAAGCCUUCCACCGUCUCUUCCGGCUGUGCGCAAGGUUACAGUAACUCCCACCGUCCAGCAGUCUGUCUCUCGAUCAUCGUCUCAGCCGCCUGCGCAGCCUGACCAGGAACUAUCAAAACUCGGCAAGAAGAGAAGAAUCUCCGAAUCAGAGCCUCCAGACGCGAAAUCGCAACAGCAGGUCAAGAAGCCUCGCAAGCAGGAUGCAGGAGAGCCAUUGCCUAAGAAGUCCGACUCUCAAGCCUCGAAGCAAGACAACCGCCGACCAUCUGUUGACCAGAAGCCAAGUGCUGUUCAGACCAAGAACUCCAAGCAGGAACCGAUCUCAUCCAAAAUAUCGAAAGGAGAGCAAUCCCCAAACAUCGGAAAGACACCAAAAUCUCCUACCGCAUCUGCUCGUAAAACACCAAAGUCCUGGCCAGCCAGCGUUGGCAAGCAGAAGGUCAAAGGCUUGAGCAACCCGAGUCAAUGGUGUUAUCGUCGAAGUGUGCUACAAAGUCUCAUCGCACUCCCUCAACUCUUCAAUCUUCUGGACGAAUCUCAUAAAUCCUGUCCGAAGCAAGGCAGAUGCGUGACAUGCGCAAUGCGCCAGCUUCUCACAGCCUAUCAUACAUCUCCUGGCAGCGUAGGAUCUCAGCUGUCCGCUCUCGACGGCGCAAUCAGAGCGACUGGUAGAUCGAGCGAGCCUCGUUGGAGUGCCAUCAGCCAGACCCAAGAAGACAGUCACGAUUUCCUACAAUACUUGCUGGGUACAAUCGAGAAAGCAAAAGGAGUCGACAAAGACCAGUUCUCUUCCCUCUUCAGGAUCAAACACAAGAUCUCCUGGGUCUGUGACGGCUGCAAAAAGGUGCACACUCACAGCGAUCCACCUGGCUUCAGUCUCAGUUUGCCGAUUCCAAACAGAUCCGGUGUUAGCCUUACUGAUUGUCUGAACACCUAUCACCGCGAAUCUAACGUCACCAUCCGCUGCGACAAAUGCAAGAAGAAUGCUAAGCGCACUCGUAUCUUCAAGCUCGAUAACGCACCUGACGUUCUGCCCAUCCAACUCAUGCGCUUCGGUUAUGGUGCGCGUGGACCCACAAAGAACAAGCAGCACGUCGACUUUCCAGAGGAGCUCGACCUUUCCCCUUGGGCUCUCGACCAGUCUCAACCAUCAAAAUAUCGUCUCCAAGCCAUUGUCGCACACUCCGGCUCGCUCAAAUUUGGCCAUUACAUUGCCUACGUACGUGGCCCUGAUGGCAUCAAAGAAAUCAGCGAUUCCUCUGUCAGCCCCAGCAAUGCUAAGGAGUGGAGACGGCCAACAUCUGGCUUCAACCCUUACAUCCUGGUGUACAUCAAGCAGUGA